AUGGCCGAGAAGUCGUCCGAGGUCAACAAUGUCUCGGUAGACACGACCGAGCAUCAUCGAGAUCCCGCGCUGCAGUCGGAGCACCAGCACCACCAUGAGCAUCAUCACCAUACUGCCUUUGCAGAGCAAGGACGCGAGGAUGAAGUAGUCUUUGCCAAAGACACAGCUUUCGAGAAGGGUAUCGUGCCUGAACCAUCGCCCCUCGAUCAUGGUAGUCAGAUACAUAGCCAGGGUUCAAAGGAUGAAGAGACAGGCGAGAAUAACCCUGCUCCUCGUCCAUGGCACCGACGCGCGAUGAAGCACUGGAGACCUGCUUUCCAUGCUGCUAUCUGGAUCUUGUUCACCGGCUGGUGGAUCACCGGCCUCGUCUUGCACCGGGACCUGGGCUGGUUAAUCCCAUUCCUGCUAUACCUGGCCAUCACCCUCCGCCUAAUCUUCUUCUACAUCCCCAUCUCGAUCGUCACCCGGCCGAUGUACUUUGUCUGGAAUAAAACCGCCACGCCUAUUGUCAACGCCAUCCCCGAAAAAUUCCGCACUCCCCUCGGCGCUCUGGUCUGCGUCAGCGUAAUCCUAAUCGGAUCAUUCGCCUCGCCCGAAUCAGCCGAUAACACGCGCGCAAACCGCGCCGUCAGUCUCUUCGGCUUGAUCGUCUUCAUCUUCGUGCUGUGGUUGACAUCCCGCAACCGCAAGAAGAUCGUCUGGCACACCGUCAUCGUGGGAAUGCUGGUGCAAUUCAUCAUUGCGCUGUUCGUCCUGCGAUCCGGGGCUGGAUACGACAUUUUCAAUUUCGUCUCCCUGCUCGCUCGGGACCUUCUCGGUUUCGCGAAGGACGGCUUCGUAUUCCUGACGUCGGAGGACUUCUACGAUUUGACCACCCCGAUCCAGCCGGCGAAUUGGUUCUUGAUCAGCGUUAUCCCGGCUAUUAUCUUCUUCGUCUCGUUCGUGCAGUUGCUCUAUUACACAAGCAUCCUGCAGUGGUUCAUCGGCAAGUUCGCCGUCUUCUUCUUCUGGUGCAUGCGCGUCUCCGGCGCUGAGGCCGUCGUCGCUGCUGCGUCCCCCUUCAUCGGACAAGGCGAGUCCGCUAUGCUGAUCAGGCCGUUCAUCGCGCAUCUGACCAUGGCCGAACUGCACCAAGUCAUGUGCUCCGGUUUCGCGACUAUCGCCGGUAGCGUGUUGAUCGCGUAUAUCUCGAUGGGCCUGAACGCGCAGGCAUUGGUGUCCUCGUGUGUCAUGAGUAUCCCCGCGUCACUGGCGUGCUCGAAACUGCGUUGGCCCGAGGAGGAAGAAAGUCUUACCGCUGGUCGGGUCGUUAUUCCUGAUAACGACGAACACCGCGCUGCUAAUGCGCUCCACGCGUUCGCCAAUGGCGCUUGGUUGGGUCUUAAGAUUGCGGCGAUGAUUGCCUCGACGUUGUUGUGUAUUAUCUCGUUGAUCGGCCUUAUCAACGGUCUUCUCACUUGGUGGGGUCAUUACUUGGGUAUCAACGAUCCCGAGUUGACCCUGGAGCUCAUCCUCGGAUACAUUUGUUACCCGAUUGCGUUCCUGCUGGGUGUUUCGCGGGACGGGGAUUUGCUCAAGGUCGGCCAACUGAUUGGUAUCAAACUGGUCUCGAACGAAUUCGUCGCCUACAACUCCCUCCAAAAUGACAAUACCUACGCAGACCUCUCGGAUCGCUCGCGCCUGAUCGCUACCUACGCCCUCUGUGGAUUUGCCAACAUCGGCUCGCUGGGUAACCAGAUUGGUGUCUUGUCGCAGAUCUCGCCCGGUCGGAGUGGUGAUGUGUCCCGGGUUGCCGUCAGUGCUAUGCUCACGGGUGCGAUUAGUACUUUCACCAGUGCGACGAUUGCAGGUCUGCUCAUUACGGAUGAGAAGCAGUAUUUCAGCUCGGCCUCGUAA